AUGGAGACCGGGAGCCUCCCCGUGGAGCUGUGGAGGCUCAUCCUGGCCUACCUGCCGCUCCCGGACCUGGGCCGCUGCUGCCAGGUGUGCCGCGCGUGGCGGGAGCUCGUCUUGUCCCUGGACAACACGCGCUGGAGGCAGCUGUGCCUGGGCUGCCCCGAGUGUCGCCAUCCCAACUGGCCCAGUCAGCCGCACGUGGAGCCCCAGUCCUGGAGGGAGGCGCUGAGGCAGCACGCGCUCGCCACCCGCACCUGGACUCGAAACUGUCCGGAGCUCCAGUCCUCCGCCUGUCUCCUGUUUUUCCGUCGGCGGAAGGACCGCAGGGUGUGGCACGUGGGCCCCGGGUGUGAGUUUGAGACCUUGCGCGGAGCUCUGGGGGUGGUGGGGCCCUACGACCGGGUGGUUCUCCACCCUGGGGUGUAUGAGGAGCAGGCAGAGGUGGCGCUGAAGGUGCCAGUGGAGCUGGUUGGUUUGGGGCGACUGGGCGAGGUGGCCCUCCUGGUCUGCAUGGAGCAGCAGUGUCCCACUGCCAGACUGUGUAACCUGGUCUUCAUGCCGCCCUGGUUCUCCACGGUUGUCUACAAGACAUCGUGGGGUCACGUCCAGCUGGACAACUGCAACUUUGAGGGAGCCCAGCUGCAGAUCCGUGGUCCUGGGACCUGCCAGGCACGUUUUUGCUCCUUCUCCCAGGGCAGCUCUGCCCACCUUCUGGGCAUCGUUACCAGUUUGUUGGACAGCUGUGACUUCUCAGGAAGCGACGCGGCUUCAGUGACUGUGGAGGGUCCUCCGGCAUCAGAAAGGAACUGGGCUUGUAAACAUCUAGCUGCCUUAGCCAGGUCAUUCACAAGUCAGUUCAGUAGCUACCCCGGCAGCCCUCAGGGCGGCUCCACUGACGAGCCUGACUCUGCGUGUGGUCUCAAAAAGGAGUUUGUGAGCAUGGAGGACUGGAAGAGAAAGACAGGCGGAGAUGCAGUUUGUCAGGGAACUGUUAUAGAAGAUGGUUGGAAUGAUGGUGAGCACAGCGAUGGAGACGAGCAGAAGACAGAAGGAACUCACAGCUCUAAAAAACUCUUCUCACUGAUUUAUAAAAUCCCAUAUGAGAAUCACGGCCUGUCCCAUUUGCUCAAGCCUCGGGAGGAUGGCUCUCUGCCACUUUCCUCCUCCCCUGCACCCCCAUCUGUGACCCCUGAACCCCUCACCCUUCAGCAGGAGCUAGACAGGGACUCAGAGGCUCAGAUGCUGGCGUCAUCUGUCCUUGGCUGCAUCGUCAGACGGUGUCUCUUCAGGGACGGGAAGGGAGGUGUGCAUUUGUCUAAUUAUGGACAAGCUCGACUGGAGGAAAAUGUAUUCCGAGGGUUGAACUACGCUGUCCGCUGCAUCCAAAACUCCACCAUUGUGAUGCAGAGAAAUGAGGUGUGUGAGUGCCGUGCAUCCGGUGUGUUUCUGCGACUUUCUGCUCAGGGCCUCAUUGCAGAAAACAACAUCCACUCAAAUGGGGAGGCUGGAUUGGACAUCCGAAAAGGGGCUAACCCUAUCGUCCUGUGCAAUAAGAUACACAGUGGUUUGCGAUCUGGCAUCGUUGUACUUGGCAAUGGGAGAGGUUCAAUUCGGAGCAACCUGAUCUACAACAACAAAGAAGCUGGAGUGUAUGUUCUCUUCAGCGGGAAUCCUGUGGUGAGUGGGAAUCACAUCUUUCAGGGCCAGGCAGCAGGAGUGGCUAUAAAUGAGAACGGCAGGGGGAUGAUAACAGAAAACGUGAUCAGGGAGAACCAGUGGGGCGGAGUGGACAUCCGCAGAGGAGGUGACCCCAUUCUGAGGAACAACUACAUCUGCUACGGCUACUCAGAUGGUGUGGUUGUGGGAGAGAGGGGACGUGGACUUAUUGAGGGAAACCGUGUCUACUGUAACAAAGGCUGCGGUGUGUGGGUUAUGUCAUCCAGCCUCCCACAGCUCCUGGGCAACUACAUCAUCCAUAACUGCAUGUACGGGCUGGCGGUAUUUUGUAGGAAGGACCCUGAAAACGUUGAGGCCAGGGAGGGCAACUGGCCCGGGCAGGAAGGUGGAGAUGCAGCCGUCGGGGAAAGAAGAGUAGCCGACGGAGAGGCAAGAGAAGGGCAGGAGAACUUUAAUGAAGAGGGAGAACUCUUCGCCUGGGAGAGCGAUCUGGACAGCGAGGACGAGCGACACUCUGCUCGCCGCUCCGUCAGCGUGGCUCUGGUGGAAGGCAACUGCUUAAGCUACAACGGAGCGGUUGGCCUGUUUGUGAAGAGCAGCGAGGCCCUGAAUGUUUUUGGAAACCUUGUAAACAGCAACUGUGGUCCCGGCAUCGCUGUGGUGCAGAGCAGUCAGCUGACCCGGCUCGUCACAAACUGCAUCGUCGAAAACGGUCGAGGCGGUGUCACCGUGGAGAAAGACUGCAGGGUAGAGCUUCGUGGUAACGGCAUCUAUGAGAACAGCGGCCACGGUGUGAGGCUCAGCGGUAAUGGGCAGAUCGUGGAGAACGAUGUGGUUGGUAACUGUGGAUGUGGAAUCCAGGUCUCUGCAAGCUCUGACGUCAAGGUGGUUCGUAAUCGUGUCCAACCAGUACAGGGCUGUGGCAUUGCUCUGCUGGGGCCAGUAAAAGGUGCUGUCCAUGACAAUGUCUUGUUCCAGGGCCACCCAGACAACAAGAAAUCCCUCCUACAUAUAGAUCCUGGCAGUGAAACGUGUGUGUUGUGCAACAACAGUUAUAGAAAGCCUAAUAACAGCUGUGCACCUGCUCCCCCCUGGGUUUUGGAAAACCCUCCUCCUCGCCCACUGGCUGUUUCCCCCGCCGGCAUCUCCUCGUCCCAGUAUCCCUCCCGUCUUGGGAUUUCCAUGACCGCCAGGGUUGGAGCUACUGUGGAAAGCGGUUGCCACAGCGGCAGCAUGUUCUGCUCCAUUCUGUGAAAACUGACAGCGCAUGAAAACUCCACAACUCCACCGGUCAGCUGACCAGGUCAGGAUCUGGUCACUGAUGAUCUGUGAGCCUGACUCUGCAGGUGGAGAUGCAGUUUGUCAGGGAACUGUUCUAGAAGAUGGUUGGAAUGAUGGUGAGCACAGUGAUUGAGAGG